AUGAUACAUGAUAUUGGGUCGUCCAACAGACUACGCUCGCCGCGUAUCACUCGAGACCGGGUCAUAAUCGCAAAAUGCCUCGGCCACGCCCGCCUCUCCAUCAUAGACCUUUCCCCGGCUGGCCUGCAACCGCUCCACAGCAAAGACGGCCAGCUCCACGCCGCCGUCAACGGCGAGAUCUACGACCACGACGCCAUCCGCGCCCGCUGCGCUGCCGAGCACGGCUACGACUUCUCCGGUCGUAGUGAUAGCGAGGUAGUCCUCGCGCUGUACCGGCACCACGGCGCGCCCGGCUUCCUCGACCACCUGCGCGGCGAGUUCGCCUUCGUCCUGCACGACGAGCGGUCCGGGGACGUGAUCGCCGCGAGGGACCGGUUCGGCAUCAAGCCGCUGUUCUGGACCCGCAUCAACAACGAUGACAAUGACGACGACGACGACGACGACGACGACGACGAUGACAGCGCCCUGGCCCGGAUCCUCGUGGCGUCUGAGAUCAAGGCGUUCUUGCCAAUGGGAUGGCGGCCCGAGUGGGACGUCGCCGCCAUCGCCAGCGGCGCAGCGAUGCAGGGCGAGGGUACGCUGUUCAAGGGGGUGAAAAAGGUCUUGCCCGGGCACUGGAUGCGGUUCGCGCGGGAUGGGAGUGUCAAGCAGCUUCGUUAUUGGGAUGCCAACUACGGCGACAAAUCAGUCCAGGAGACGCGCACGCUCGAAGAGAUGACGCAGGGCGUCCGCGACCGACUCGUGGAAGCCGUCCGUCUGCGCCUCCAGGCCGACGUGCCCAUCGGCAUCUACCUCUCGGGUGGCAUCGACUCCUCCAUCGUGGCCGGCAUCACGACCCAGCUCGUACGGGAGAGAGGCAUUAAGCUGGGGAGCCGGGGCGCCGAGGACCAGAUCACCUGCUUCAGCAUCUCCUUCACCUCGGACUCGGCCUACAACGAGUACGACAUCGCGGAGCGCACCGCCAAGUGGCUCGAUGUGGCCAUCGUGGAAAAGGCCAUGGACGAGGCCGAACUUGCGCGCCACUUCGCCGACUCGGUCUACCACACCGAGCACCAUCACUACAAUCUCAACAGCGUCGGGAAGCACGCCUUGUCGGAGCUGCCGCGCCUUCGGGGUAUCCCCGUCGUCCUCACUGGCGAAGGUGCCGACGAACACUUCGCCGGCUACCCCUUCCUCGUCUCAGAUCUCCUCCGCGAGCCCGACGCCGCAUUUCCCUCGUCUCCGCUCGACACCGACGCCGUCUUCCGUACCGCAUUCCUCGAGACCGCCGAGGCCCAGCUGCGGACCAUGUUCAACAUCGUCGGCAUGUUCGACCACCCCGCCCUCGACGACGGCAACCCGGACUUCUGGCCCCUUGCGGGCCUCGACUCCUUCUGGGCUCAGCUACGCUCGCACCCCUCCAAGGACGUCUUCGCCUCCUGGGUGCGCCGGGCGACCGCCAGCGACGGCCUAGACGCCUACGCCGCGAUGGUCGACGCCCUGCCUGCCGACGCGCGCCAAAACAUGCUCACGCGCUGGCACGCGCUCCACUCGGCUCUGUACCUCUACCUCAAGACCUCCAUGGCCAACAUGGUUCUUACAUGCUUGGGCGACCGGUCCGAGAUGGCACACAGCAUCGAGGCGCGCCUUCCGUUCCUUGACCACGAGCUCGCCGAAUACGUCAACGGGCUCCCGCCCAGUGUCAAGAUGAGCUACCGCCACCCCGAAGAAGGAGAUGACGACGGGCGCGCGACGAGAGGACAAGGAGCAGAGAGCCUGUUCUGGAACAACAUGGCCGCCGCCCGAGACCGUCUGAUCGACAAGAAGAUUUUACGGGACGCCGGACGGCCCUUCAUCACGGACGAGAUAUACCACCGCAAGAAGCACCCUUACUCUGCCCCGUCAAAGUGGCCCGUAGGCGGGCCCAUGCAAUCCAUGUUCCAGGAUCUGCUAACUAAGGAAGCGGUCGACCAGCUGGGCUUCGUCGACUACGACGUCGUCUCCUCGUCGCUCCGGUCUGCGUUUGGCGCGGACAGCGACCCUGUGGCAUUCAGGAAACUGCUCGUCGUCGGCGCCUGGGUUGUGCUGAGCCAAAGAUUCGGCAUCAGACCAGCGGGAGCCUGGUAAGUACCACACAUGACGACGACGCCGCGC